AAUCAGCAUUGUUGACUGGGGAAAGGCAAGGCCUAGCCUAGAUGGUAGGGUUAUGUUUAGUUCCUAAAACGAACUCUCUGCUUUAAACUGAGUCAGUACCGGAGGAACUUUGCUGUUCUUCAAUAGAUUAUGUAUUCCGAAUGGGCUUCAUUGCAGGCCACCAUUGAAAAUGAAUCAAAUUAUAAGAGUGUUUUACAUAGCUACUCUUCGGGAGUUGGCAGAGAUGUAGCAGUGUCCGUCGUACGCCAGCUGGCUGGCCGACUGUCCAUCAAUGCUUCUGCGAAACAUGAACCCCUGCCUAGCAAUCUUGAGAAUGAGAAGCAAAUUGAAUGGACAAUGGAGGUGAUCUGCUUCGGCCUUAGCCUGCCUUUGAUCGAACAUGAAGCAAUACGUGAUUGUGUCAACAUAUACGUUGAAUGGCUCACCGCACUCACUGUCCCAAAACCAACGGUCCCGCCCUCGAUUGUCAACGACCCAAACCCUUAUGUGCAGAAAAUAUUUCAGCACUUUGUCAAUCUUUUUAAACCUAGAGAAAGGGGUGAUUCUAACAAGCAGAUUGUGUUGUGUCAUCGAGUAUUACGGACGGUUCAGACAAUUGCGAAACAGAGCGGUAAAUUCACACGCCAAACAUGGGAAGUCUUGCUACAAUUCUUACUAGCUGUCAAUGACACUAUCCUUUCCCCGCCGAGUGAAGCAGGAAGCCUAUCUGAGCAGCUGUGUGACCGUCUGCUAAGUGUACUCUUUGAACUUUGGCUUUUGGCCUGCACAAGGUGUUUCCCGUCACCAUCUCUGUGGCGAACUUUCCGUGAAUACUGCGUAGCAUGGCGCCACCACACUGCCCUAAUUGAACAGUGGAACAGGGUGAAUCGUGUUCUGACAUCUCACCUGUUGAAGAUACUCUAUGGGCCUCACUUUCCAGAGAUUAGGAUUUCUGAAGAAGAUGCUCAGAUAAUUUCCACAGAAAUGGAUGACGCCUGCAUUGCGCAAACAUGGUUUAGAUUUCUGCACAUCCUUUCGAACCCUGUUGACCUUUGCAAACCAAAGGUUGUGAGCAAGACUCCGAUGUUUCACAAUGCAGCUUUCAGUGGCGAUGCGGUGAUAGAACCCCAUCAACAUCCAUGCCUCAGUGCACUGCCUAAGAACUUCCUACUUGCAAUGAAAGGGAUUGCCAGUCUUUCAAAUGCAUUCAUUGGUGAACCGGAGAAAAACCUUGCUGUAGAGACUAAUCCAAACAACAAAACCCCACCUCAGAGCGUAAAACACUCCAAAAUGAACUACUCCACGUCGGUGUACCGUGAAAAGCCUAGCAAGUCAGUUACCCCUUCCCCGUUGCUGACACCAACCCCGGAGGGACUCAACAUGAUACAGUUGCUGCAGAUGGAAAAAAGAUCGCAGUGCAACAGCAUUCUACACCUGUUUGGUGCGUGGUUGUUUGAGGGCGCUGUCUCUGGAUGUAAGUUACACACAGUUAGUAGUGGUGAAGGUAGCGUUGGGGGUAGCAAACCUCGUCGCGUCCAUUUCGCUGUGUCAUCGUCUCAAUCACCCCAUGCAUUUGAGGGCCGUUUUCCAAAAGAGCGACAUUCCAUCGCAAUUAUGGAUUCCCACCGUAUGAAUGGACGUCGCAUCGCUCAGGCUUCUGAGAUGCGCAAAAUAUCAGAAGUAUCCCCGAACGACAUAACUGCAAUUCUGGCGCCAUACAGACGACAUGAUAUAUCGGAAUCGCCAAAUAAUUACGAAGCAGGAAGAGCCGAGGCUUGCGGGGCCUUGUGUCGAAUAUUUUGCAAUCACAAUCAAGGGGAAAAUAUACUCCCUGUGUACCUUUCACGAUUCUAUUUGGCUUUGACUCAAGGACUGAAGAUAGAUGAAACAGUGAGUGGUCUAGUCUUGUCGAGCAUUCUCUUCAAUUCGCAAGAUCUCUUUCGUAUUGACCUGAAGGGCGUAUCUGUUGUUCUUCCUCACUUCAUCUCCGCUCUUGAGAUGGUGCUAUCAGAAAAGGAAUUGAAGUUCAAGUCGGGUGUGUCUCAGCAACAACUUCGUCAAGCUUCCAUCCACCAUCUUCUGUCCAUGCUGUGUAUUCCACAUCACUUCAACACACUAUCAGUGAUUGAUUUGAUGACGGGCAAACCAAUGAUGACAUCUGGCGUGUUCGGGGAAAAUGAGAGAGUUGUGACGUUCCGUUCGCUCAAGCUACGUAUCGUGAACCUAAUGAUUGGAGCUCUGCAAUGUGAACUAGAUCCGGACAACACACAGAUGCUUCUUGGGGCUAUCCAUUUGUGUAUCCUAGAUGCCUCACUUUGUGAAGACAUUGAACAGAAAGAAGAGCUAAAAAGAAAAGAAGAAUCACACAGGGAGCUUGGUAGCACAAUACUUGAAGAAGUUAUGGAAAACCACCAAUCAGAAAGCUCAUCAAGUAAAGUGAUGACCCAUCAACGUAGCAGCAGCGAGCCUAUCGUGGACUUAACACCAUUGACAAGUGGUAGGAGCCCUGUUGGCCCCCACCUUGACACUGCCUGGAGUAUAUUUGUUCGUUGCACCCACCUUGUUUGCCAGCGCCUGAUGUCUGCUUGGUCUUCAGAGUACAACGUAGCUCUAGCAGCCCUUGAGCUGCUCUCUGGCCUAGCUAAGAUAAACGUCAGCAUUGUACAAGAUCAACUGGAAUGUAAACGUGCUGUUCGUUGGAUAUGUGAACAUAUCGUCCAUCUCUGCAGUCGUCCUUCGCAAUAUCAUUCACGAGACCUUCACUCCAUCAUUGUUGCGGCGUUCCAGUGUUUAACUGUCUGGAUUGUAAAUCAUGAAUAUCUUUUAAAAGAUAAGGAAUGCUUACACUGUGUUUUGGAGGUGAUAGAACUGGGCAUAUCAGGGAGCAAGUCUCGCCCCAAGGGGUGUGUACCUCCGGUCUAUAAGCACGAAAAGGAGCUGAAGCCAGCAUCAAUGAGGGUUAAAGAUGCUGCAGAAGCAGUGUUAGCCUGUCUACUUAAUCAUGUGGGAAGUUUUCCGUCACCUAUUGGUCCUUCAUCAGUUGUAUCCUUGCUGGACGAGGAAGCUAUCUUGAAAUUGGUGAAAGAGCAGGAGCUAGCUACAGGUGAUGUGGUGUUCCGUUAUUAUGUUCUGGAGAACAACACUCUGCUAGCAAUUCUAGAACAGCCUGUAAUAGAAGAAAAAGAUCCACUUCCUACUGCGACGAUACUUCUUCGAGGUUUGAUGGGUCGGCAUGCAUGGGUUAUGCAGACACGCCACUGGCCUAAGUCAGAAAAGGAAGCAGCACAAGAACGAUUGAAGUAUCCAGCACGCCCUCAACCCAUGGAUAAUGUCGGCACUCAUCAUGAGAUCCCAUCUAGAAACUUCCCAGAAAUGGUCGACAAAAUUCAACUAACAGAUGCUGAUAGAAGCAUCCCAACAAUGGCAAGCAUUGAGACGGACACAUCACAUGCAGAACACGAGAAACUCAAGAUGCUGCUAGAGAAACAGAUUGAAUAUGAGACGUUUGUGCUAUCAUCUGCUGAGGCUGAGCUAGCCAAUGUAGGUUUCCCGAACCCUAGGACUGAAGCCAAACCCCCCAGGCCUAAGCAGGAGUUCAGCCCUGCUAGGCUACUCUUAUCUCACCUUGGCUUUCUCACCUUAGGCACUUUGAAAGAACCUGCCAAUAGUUCUGUGCCGCCAUCUUUAGUCAUGUUAGACUCCACACUGCCUGGCUUUGAUACAGAUUUAGAAUUACUGGACAGUAUACCUUGCCGAACAUUUGAUACAGCUUUUAUAUUCUAUGUAAAGUCUGGACAGAGGACACCAACAGAAAUACUUAAUAAUGUGUUAUCCAAUGCAACAGUGUCACCUCAGUUUUUGGAGUUCCUCAAUAAUCUAGGCUGGCCUGUUGACAUAGCAACGCAUGCUGGAUGGUCAGGUCAUGUUAGCACAAGCUGGAAGAUGGAUCCUGAUGUCACAAGGGCAAACAUUGAUCUUGAUGCGUUUAUGGACCAUGGAGGCAGUCUUUACAAUGGUCAACAUCAGGUUCUCUACCAUGCUGACUGCACCUCUGAAAUGGCAUUUGUAGUGCCAUCAAAACGAGUCCAACAGAUGGAUAGAAGACAUUCUGUUGAAUUGUCUGAGCAGCCAUCUAGUAAAUGUAGCCUAUCACCGUAUGGAUCGAAGAGCCUACCACUGUACCAGAGCCCUCACCAGCGACCAUCAACCCUAGACUUGCCAUCAGAGACUUCUGGACCAGCUCAAGUAAGCCCUAGUCUAGACAAAAAGAGGAAGUUAUCAACAAGGGCAGGUAUGAUCGGUGGUUCGCAGAUGAAGGUAUUGGUUGUUUGGUUGGAGUGCUUGGCAGAUGGCGAGAUGUUUCCCCUAAGUGACUUGUUGGCUGAGACUAGCACUGGCCUAGAAUACCUGCAAGGGAACAGUAGCAGUUCAUUGAGGAGUCCGCGCAGCAACGACCAGGUGGCCGUCAUAUUUAUACAGCCACUGAAGAGCGGCCUCUACCGAAUACAACUCCAUGGCUGUGCUGCGAACACCAACCCUUUGGUAGAUGGCAUGGUAGUCAGUCGACGUUCACUCGGGACUCUUGUGCGACAGACUUGUGUUAAUAUAUGCAAUAGAAAACGUCUGGAAUGCGAUAUGCAUUUUCCUCCUCAUGUGAAAAGACGUCAGAAAAUUCAGGAGAUGGUAAGCAAAUACCGCAAACGCCUGACAUCACCGCAAUUUUACACACAACUCUUCAUGAACUGACAAAGCCAAGUGUUCAUUGGAUUGCAACCAUGUUGAAUAGAUACCAAGGGUCUCUGUGCAUCUGGUAGACUUGAGUUUUCAACAUUUAUGGAAUUUUGUUUAGGAUUUCAGAAAAUGACCAUUCUAGUGUAUAGAGGUUGCAUCUGGAUUACAUACAUUAUUUUAUUUUAAAAUAUUUGCAAUAUAUCCUCCACAAUUUUAAAGAUAAAUUGUCUGGGUAAAGCAAAUAGACUUCAAUUAUAAAAUUCAAUAUUUGUUACUUUGUUUUUCUAAGUAAGUUUUUAUCUGUCAAUUGAAAUUUAGGGGGAAAUGCGUUAACUUGUUUGUUCCUUUGAAAUGAGAAAUGUUUUAUGUGAUUUUUAACUCAAGACAGUAUAUCUUUAAAUUGACUUUGUAAAUGAGUUAUUUAUCAUCAUUACAGGAAAUCAGUUUUGUUUAGGUUGGAUGUUUAAAAUUCACAUGAAAUAAAAACUUUAUUUUAUUUAUUAUAUUCAGUAUGCAGCCAACAAAUUGUGCAUUGUACAGCAUCCAUAUUAAAUUUAAAAGUCCAACCUUUUAAUGUUAACUAGUCUCUUCGCUGUUAUUUUUUUGAUAUGGGGCGAUAAUAUUUAUCGUAGUUAAAUUAUGCACUGUACACAGUGUAUAUAGUAUCUAAAGUUAUGUAUCAAUAAUAAAAGAAGAUAUUGUCUCUUUUUGAAUUGAACCAAGAGCUUUGGGCAUGUCAUGAAGGUGCUCUACUCAUUUAACCUACAUCAAAUGAAUCUACCCCCACCAGACUUGUAUUUUGUGUAACUUUGUUUUUUUAAGAAUAUGACUUUUACGAUUACUGUAUGUAUAAAUUGUAUAUUAUAAAAAGAAUUUAUUUUAAGUCAUUACGAUGAUAAGAAGCAGAUGUGAGAUUAUCAGUAAUUAUAAUAUUUACAUUGAGGACAUUAAAUACAAAUAACAAGAUUAUAACAUACCUUAGGAUUAAAUAUACAAAAAUAUCACGGCUAUAGACAGUCCCCUUAGAUUUAUUUUAAACACAGUACCUGUUGGUGGUAUAUUUACUGAGACCACCUCUGGGAAAUAUACCAGAUUUAAGUAGAUUGGAAAUCUCUUUGAGUUAAUUUUUCUUUGAUCUACAAUAAUAAUCUUAAUUCUCAGAAGAUAGAAGACAAAAAUCAUUGGACAGUAUACACAGUUUAUACUAUGUGAAUAUAUAUUAGAAAUUAGUAAAAGAUAGGAAUUGACGCUCAUUGGAAAAUAACAUAGAACACCAGAAUGUAUGCAGGACAGGUGCUCUUAUAUAAUUUCAUUUUGUUUUUAUAUAAUCGCCGACAGCUUUCUGUGAUGCAGAUUGGUUGGUCGAAUCGGGGAUCCUUCCCAAUUGCACCGGAGACUGUUACACAGUACAUCGAUUGCACAAAAACACUGUAGCGACAGUGUAGCGAUUUUAUGGAAACCAGACUUAGCAAGUCUAUUAAUGUAUUCUUAAUAGAUGAAUACUCUUGUAAGUUCUUGUAAAUCAGUACAUAUGAUUUUGUGAAUAUAAAUACAUUAAUUUUCUGUUCACAAGGAUAUAUAUUAAGGAUGUUCUAAUCUAGAAGUUUUACUAAUAUUAUGUCUGAUCUAAUUUUGGUGUUUUAUACUACUUAAAGACAUUUUUUUGUAUCUAUCUGAACAACAUAUUUAUGAGUGAACAAUGUACUGUAUGUAUAUUUUGAUCAAUCAAUUAUUUUAUCUAUGUUGAUAUUUGCUUAGUGUAUCAGUGACCUUGUUUUAGGUACCUGGUUCAAUCCCAGAAAACCCGCUUGGGUAUUGAAUAUUCCUGGGUUCUGGCAACAAUUAUUUUUAUGAAUCGGUAAUGAAAGUUGUACCCAAAAGCAAAAUCGGAAAAUGAAAAUAUAUAUAUAUAUAU